AUGAAUGACAUUGUGAAUGAUAUUAUGAAUGACAUUGUUGAUGACAUUGUGAAUGACAUUGUGAAUGACAUUGUUGAUGACAUUGUGAAUGACAUUGUGGAUGACAUUGUGAAUGACAUUGUGAAUGACAUUGUUGAUGACAUUGUGGAUGACAUUGUGGAUGACAUUGUGAGUGACAUUGUUGAUGACAUUGUGAAUGACAUUGUGGAUGACAUUGUGAAUGACAUUGUUGAUGACAUUGUGAAUGACAUUGUGGAUGACAUUGUGAAUGACAUUGUGGAUGACAUUGUGGAUGACAUUGUGAAUGACACUGUGAGUGACAUUGUGGAUAACAUUGUUAAUGACAUUGUGAAUGACAUUGUGGAUGACAUUGUGAAUAACAUUGUGGAUGACAUUGUGAAUAACAUUGUGAAUAAUAUUGCAAAUAAUAUUGCGAAUUGCAUUUGGAAUGACAUUAAUGACAUUGUAAAUGAAUUUGUGAAUGAUGGAAGUGACAUUCUGAAUGACACUGUGAAAGACAUUGCAAAAAACACUGUGAAUGACAUUGCGAAUAACAUUGCGUAUGACAUUGUGAAUGAUAUUGCAUUUGACAUUGUGUAUGACAUUGUUAAUGACAUUGUGAAUGACAUCAAUUGUUGA